ACUAAUAUUAGAGCACAAAACUUGUUAGGAAUUGUUAUAAUUACAUCAGCAGGUAAAUUUUUAAUUUGGGGAGCCUGUGAUAUUAGUGUAGAUCAUAGCUAUACUGUAGAAGUUAUGAGCCAAAUAGAGAAUAUCUAUAAUGAACUAGAGUCUAAUAGCAUUAAAAUUGCAUGUUUUGUUAUAGAUAGUGUAGCAGCUUAUACUGUAGCAAG